AAAAAGCAACAACGCACAUAUGUAUUUAUUUCAACAAAAACACGUGCACACAAAUACGGAGCUCGGUCAUUUUUGUUGAAAUUUUAAUAAGUUUUUAUAAAAAUUAAUAAAUUUUUUAUUAAAUAAAGUGAUAAAAAGUAAAACAAAUAAAACAGCAAGAAAAUGGGCAAAAAAUCCAAAGUAGGAAAAGCCCGUAAAGAUAAGUUUUAUCAAUUGGCCAAAGAGACGGGUUUUCGUUCCCGUGCUGCUUUCAAAUUGAUACAAUUGAAUCGUAAAUUUGGUUUCUUGCAACAGUCUCAAGUAUGUAUAGAUUUGUGUGCUGCUCCCGGUGGUUGGAUGCAGGUGGCUAAACAGAAUAUGCCUGUGUCGAGUAUUGUCAUAGGUGUGGAUUUGUUUCCUAUACGCGCCAUACCCGGUUGUAUAAGUUUAGUGGAGGAUAUUACCACCGACAAAUGUAGAGCAUCUUUGACUAAAGAACUGCAGACCUGGAAAGCUGAUGUUGUGUUGCACGAUGGUGCUCCCAAUGUGGGUCGUAAUUGGUUACAUGAUGCCUAUCAGCAGAUUUGCUUGACUUUGAUGUCAUUAAAAUUGGCCACGGAGUUUUUGAGAGGUGGCGGUUGGUUUGUUACCAAAGUUUUCAGAUCCAAAGAUUACAAUGCCUUGCUGUGGGUUUUAAAACAGUUGUUCAAGAAGGUGCAUGCCACCAAGCCUAGUGCUUCUCGUAAAGAGUCAGCUGAAAUUUUCGUUGUCUGCCAGGGUUAUUUGGCACCCGAUCGCAUUGAUCCUAAAUUGUUGGAUCCCAAGUAUGUGUUCGAGGAGCUCGAUUUAGAGGGCACCAAGAAGGGCAGCCUUUUGCAUCCCGACAAGCAAAAGCGUAUUAAAGCUGAGGGCUAUACCGAGCAGGAUAUUGCUUUGAGAAACGACUUAUCGGCCACAGAAUUUAUGCAGUCUGAAAAUGGUUUAGCUGCUUUGCAGGGCAUCGGUUCAAUACGCAUCGAUGAUGAGAGAAUUGCCAAUCAUCCCAAAACUACACAGGAAAUUUUAGAAUGCUGUAAAGAUAUCAAAGUCUUAGGCCGUAAAGAUAUCAAGGGUCUGUUGGCCUGGUGGAAGGCCAUCAAGGAGGAAUACUUUAAAGAGGAGGAAAAAGAAACUGAAGUUAUUGAAGAGGAAGAAGCUCCCAAACGUCCAUUAACGCAAGAAGAAAUUGAGGAUAUGGAAGAUGAAGAAUUGCAAAAACAAAUCUCCACCUUGGCUGAAGAAGAACAAAAAGAAUUGAAGCGUAAACGCAAGAAGACCCUAAAGGAAAAGGCAAAAUUACAAGAGAAAAUGAACUUAAACAUGGUUAUCAAAGGAGAUGAUGGUCCCCAGGAAGAAGUUGAUCAAGAAAUCUUCGAUUUGAAAACUGUCAAAACCCAAGAAGAGUUGGAUGAAAUGUUGGAUGUAGUGCCAGAUUUUGAUGUGGAAGGCGAACAACAGGAGUUACCCAAAUUGCCGAAAUACAAAAAAUACGACAAAGAUGACAAACGUAUGGACGAUGAUGCCAAUUAUGAAAAUGAUGAUGAACCAGAGCUAUCAGCUGAGGAGGAGAGUGAUAGUGAUAUGGAUCAGCAGGGUUUGGGUCUAAGUGAUGAUGAAGAUUUAGAAAAAACCUCUAAAGCCGGUAAGAAUAAGAAGAAAAAGGAACAACAUCCACUUAUCAAAUCGGGAGAUUUUCGUGAUAAGGAUACGAAGAGACAACAGCGUGUGCAGCUGUGGUAUGAAAAGGAAAAUCUACAAAACAUAGACACUGAUGACGAUGAAGAUUUCGAUUUGGAUCGUUUGGCCAACGAGUACAAAAGCAAGGGCGUAGCAGUGUUGGGUGAAAGUCAAGAAACAGGCGAAAGUAAUUUGCUAAUGGGUAAAAAAGCCAAACGCCGGGCACGCCAUGAUAUAGACAAAAAAGAAUCUUCAUCCGAAUCCUCUAGUGAUUCUUCAGAUGAGGAAACAGAAGAUGAAGAAAAAACUGCAGGCGAUAUGGCUAAGGAACCAAAAGCCAAGAAAAUACGCUUGACUGAAGAGGAAUUAGCUUUAGGAGCCAUGAUGAUUAAGGGCAAAAAGACACGACGUGAUUUAAUUGAUGGUGCCUGGAAUCGUUAUGCUUUCAACGAUGACAAUUUACCCUCUUGGUUUGUGCAAGAUGAAGAGGUGCACAUGAAGAAACCAGUACCAGUGCCUAAAGAGUUGGCAGAAGAAUACCAACGUAAAGUCCAAGAACUCAAUGUGCGUCCCAUUAAAAAGGUUAUGGAGGCAAAGGCUCGUAAACGCAGACGUGCUGUUAAACGUUUGGCUAAGGCUAAGAAACAGGCUGAAAAGAUUUUGGAAAAUGCUGAUGCCACCGCCCAAGAGAAGGCCAAACAGAUUAAGAAAAUCUACAAAAAGGCUCAGGAAAAGAAGAAGGAAGUCACCUAUGUGGUGGCUAAGAAACAUCAAACUGGUCGUCGUGCUAGACGUCCGGCUGGUGUUAAGGGACGUUACAAGGUGGUGGAUCCACGUGAAAAGAAGGAUAAACGUUCUCUGGUGGCCAAGAGUAAAAGAGAUAAAAAGAAGGGCAAAGGCAAAGGCAAAGGCAAGGGUAGAAAAUAGAAGGUGUUUCUUAGCUGUUACUAUUAGUUUUAACAAACAAAACGUAAGUAUACAUAUUUAGUGAAAAAAAAAUAAUAAUUUUUUUAUGAAAAUA